GGCAGCCAUUUUGAUCUGUCAUUUGAGCCAGAGAUCCACACGGUGAAACAUCUCUUUUUUAUCUCACGUCAUUCAUCCGUGUAAGCCUUGGAGAAGCUUUGUUUUUUCACACUUCUAAACCUGCAACAACUUGUUCAACAACUAUCAAUAAAUGGACAUACAAGUGGAUGUCGACAACAUCCUUUACGGACUUUCAUCAUUGAUCCUGUCUUCAAGUUUUGUGGGGAAAAGUGUUUAGCUGUCUGGUGAUGUGUGCAUCGCUACGUGCUCUGGUGCCAGAACAGUGAAAAAACAGCAUCACAGCUGGCUCUAAACAACGGAUACCUAGCGCGAUCAAGAGAGAUAUUCUCCGUUAGCCGUUCCAGUGCAUCAGUGUGAUCUCACUGCGUUAAGAUGGAAGCUGCUUCACGAACGGAAGAACGUUAGCAGAUGCUACAAAGUCUGUGUCUGGUGACUCCAGCUCAAGCUCAAGGUCUUCUUCCGCUAGCCUAGCCGCAGCUAAAGCAAGGGCUAAAGUAUUAGCCGCACGUGUCCGCACCACGUUUGUUCAAAAAGAAAAUGAUCUACUAAUAGAAAAAGCUUGUAUGGACGCUACUCUUGCUACCCUAAAGCUAGACAAAGAGAUUGCAUCAGCAGAAGCAGAAGCAGAAGCCGAAGCUCUUGAGUCAACUGCAGCAGAAUUGGAGAGAGGCUCCAGAACUAUAAUUUCUAGGGGUGCAACGGAUCAUCAUUGAUCCGUGAUCCGUUCGGAUCAUCUAUUUCGGUUCGGCACACGCAUGAUCCGCGGAUUGAUUUAUGAAAAAAAAAAAAAAUUGCGCAUGUUCAGUCCACACACAGCCGUAACCAUUCCUGCUAGUUCCAGGGACAGAGUUACUUAACACGCUCUGGGUAAAAGUCUGCAACAGUUCCCUUUUCAAUAAGCAAACAGUCCUAUGGCUCGUUGUGAUUUAUUGUCCUCAGCGUACAACAUGAAGAACAGUGGGCAUGGAAAAUAAAAGUAGGCUAGACUUCGGUGACUACUGUAACGAUAACUGCUGCCUCCAGUGCUACGUCUGUUUCCAUAUACUCGCGCUGCCACACAAACCGGUCGCCUAGGUUACCACACAGACGUAACACGUAGCUGACAUAGCGAUUGCUAACAUAAAGAAAAACACAUCGAGCAUGGCCACGCAUUUACAGCGACAUCACCCCGGUGUUUCACUGACAGGAGUGAAACCGAAAGCAGCUCAACAACCGCUCAUCACCGCGGCAUUUAAGCAGCCCCUUCUUCCACAAUCAGACCGGGCUAAAGCAAUCACAAACGCUAUUUUUUUAUUUUUUUUGCUGAUCCGAAAAAUGAUCCGAUCCGUGACUCUGAUCCGCGGAACGAUCCGAACCGUGAGUUUUUUGAUCCGUUGCACCCCUAAUAAUUUCUCUUCCAACUCAAUCUCCACGUGAAAGAACGUUUAACUACGUUGAGUGUCAUUCAAAUGCAGCCUCUGAGUCUAUACCCACUGACCCAACACGUCAGCCUCAACAACGUAACCCUGCUAACGUUAAUAGCACAAGGCAAUGCAAUCAAGACUCCUUCGAUGGAGACCUCAACAGGUCUAGGCAACCUGCCUUAACCAACCAGGCACCAAGCCCUGCUCCUGAUGAUAAACCUCACAUCCCCUACCCAAUGGGGACACAUCAGCCACUCUCGUCCACUCACCCCAGACAGGCUCCUCAUACUCACUAUGGUGACCAUACAGGGUUCAGUGAGGUAGCUCAAUUCCUUGUUCGGCGUGAACUAUUGAGCUUCAGCCUUACCAAAUUCGAUGAUCAACCUGAGAGCUACUGGGCAUGGAGGUCGAGCUUCCUAAACUCCAUUAGAGGAACUGAUCUCACCUGCAGUGAAGAGCUCGAUCUGCUCACUAAAUGGUUAGGCCCGCAGUCUUCAGCGCACAUCAAGAGGUUAAGUGCUGUCCACGUCAACGACUCAACUCAAGGCCUGAGAAUGGCAUGGUCUCGUCUUCAGGAGUGUUACGGCUCACCAGAGAUGAUCGAAAAGGCUCUCUUUGACAGAGUGGGGAAGUUUCCCAAAAUCAACAGCAGGGAUUAUCCUAAACUCGGAGAGAUUGGAGACCUGCUACAGGAGCUAGCAUCAGCUAAGCACGAGGGCUACUUACCUGGACUUGCUUGCUUGGACACAGCUAGAGGUCUGAACCCCAUAGUGGAAAAAUUACCAUGGAACCUCCAAGAAAAGUGGAUUUCUAAGGGGAGUAACUACAAGUUAGCGCACAACGUGCUCUUCCCACCUUUCACCUACUUUGCUGACUUCGUCUCCAGAGAGGCCUACAUCCGCAACGACCCAAGCUUCUCUUUUGCCAGUUCAGCUGCUACAACAACUAAGCCAGACGCUGCAGAUAAGAAGACAAGAAACUUCGUAUCCACUCAUAUAACGGAUGUCUCUCCGGUUUCUGACUCCGACACAACAGAGGCUUCCAGUGCUAGGCCUGAUGUCAGUAAACAGUGCCCCAUCCACAGAAAAGCCUCACCCCCUCAAACAUUGUGGAGGCUUUCGAUCCAAACAUAUCGAAGAAUGCAAGGCAUUUCUCAAAGAAGCUGGUAUAUGUUUUCGAUGUUGUUCUUCAAGCAAACACGUUGCCAAAGAUUGCAAAACAGAAGUGCACUGUAAGGAGUGCAACAGCGACAGGCAUAUAUCGGCUCUUCACGCUGGGCCAGUUCCUUGGGCUAACCAGUCCCCUCAGGCAGAGAACGGCGGGGAGUCGGAACCUCCUCCUACAGUGAACUCCAUGUGCACCGAGAUCUGUGGAGGAAACAACGGACCUAGCUCCUGCUCUAAAAUCUGCCUCAUCACAGUGCAUCCUAAGGGAGAACCAAACAGGUCAGUGAGACUCUACACUAUUCUUGAUGACCAGAACAACCGGUCACUCGCCAGGCCAGAGUUCUUCAACCUCUUUAACCUUGAAAGCUCAGAGGCUCCCUACACAUUAUGUACGUGUGCCGGUCUCACUGAAAUGUCAGGUAGGAGAGGCAGAGGCUUUGUCGCACAACCUUUGGAUGGAAAUCUCAGUAUAGAUCUUCCGACACUCAUUGAAUGCAACUACAUUCCUGAAGACAGGUCCGAGAUAGUAGCAAAAUAUCACACUCACCUCAAUUCCAUUGUUUAGCACAUUCCUCCGCUUGACCCAGAGGCUCAGAUCCUUCUUCUCCUUGGGCGUGAUGUCCUACAGGCUCACAAGGUACGAGACCAGCGCAACGGACCUAAUAGCGCACCAUAUGCCCAACGCUUGGAUCUUGGUUGGGUCAUCAUCGGUGAGGUCUGCUUAGGCACAGCUCACAAACCCAAACAUGCAAGUGUGUUCCGCACUCACGUUCUGGAGAACGGCCGCCAUUCACACUUCUCACCCUGUCCGAACCAUCUCACAGUUAUGGAGAAACUCACUGUGAAGACCCAAAGCACCAACAGUCUCUGUGAACUGUCAAGCUCACCACUGACUCGCGAAGCAGAGAGAUGCGGUUACGAUGACUCCUUGGGAAGCAAGAUAUUUCAACGCACCGAAGAUGACAACAUGGUCGCUCCCUCUUUUGAAGACAAGCUGUUCAUCGAGUUAAUGGAUAAAGAGAGCUACAUCGAGGACUGUAACAGCUGGAUAGCCCCACUUCCGUUCCACCCGUCAAGACCACGUCUGCCUAACAAUAGAGAGCAAGCUCUGAAUCGUUUCAACUCUCUUUGUCGCACGCUUGGAAGAAAGCCGGAGAUGAAGGAGCAUUUUGUCACCUUCAUGCAACGUAUCUUCGAUCAAGAUCAUGCAGAGCUCGCUCCUCCGUUGGCUAACAGAGAGGAGUGCUGGUACCUCCCCACAUUCGGAGUGUAUCACCCCCACAAACCAGAUCAAAUCAGAGUUGUGUUUGACUCCAGCGCCAAACAUCUUGGAGUGUCUCUGAACGACGUGUUGUUGACCGGACCAGAUCUUAACAACAGUUUGCUGGGAGUUCUGAUGCGUUUUCGAUGUGAACAGGUUGCCUUCACCGCCGACAUCGAACAGAUGUUCCAUAGUUUCAUCGUGAGAGAAGAUCACAGGAACUUUCUUAGGUUCCUAUGGUUCAGGAACAACGACCCUACGGACGUGGUUGUAGAAUACCGGAUGCGGGUCCAUGUGUUUGGCAACAGUCCGUCUCCAGCGGUAGCGACCUACGGCCUCAGACGAGCUGCUCUACACGGAGAAGAGGAGUUUGGUCACGCAGCGAAAGAGUUCGUACAUAGAGAGUUCUAUGUAGACGAUGGCCUCAAAUCUCUGCCCUCUGUGUCUCAAGCGGUCGACCUACUUACAGCAGCACAAGGUAUGCUAGCAAUGUCCAACCUACGUCUCCACAAGAUUGCGUCCAACUGUCCAGCAGUUAUGCAAGCGUUUCCAUCCUCUGAGUAUGCCAUGGACUUGAAGGACCUCGACCUGGAAACUGACUCUCCAGCGAUGCAGCGCAGCCUAGGAUUGAAUUUGGACCUGAGCAGAGAUGCGUUCACUUUUCGGGUCGCCAACACCAAUAGGCCCUUCACACGCAGAGGUGUGCUUGCUUGUGUGAACAGUUUGUUCGAUCCACUUGGCCUGGUGGCACCGAUAUCCAUACAAGGAAAGCUCCUUCUGAGAGAACUCACCCACAACACCGUUGAUUGGGACCAGCCGCUCCCUGUUGAAAAGGAAACAGAGUGGAUUGCUUGGAGGGAUUCACUACAAGCCCUCGAAAGCUUUGAGACUCCUCGUUGCUACACAAGCACAUCUGUUUCCAACGCCCAGCGCGUGGAGCUACACAUCUUUUCAGACGCUUCUGUGAAGGCCAUUGCUGCAGUAGCUUACCUCACUACGUACCCACCGGCCAGAACCCAGCAGACGUAGCAACCAGACCAGUACAUGCAGCACUGCUCACCAACACGAGCUGGCUCACCGGGCCUGACUUUCUGCUGCUACCGUCUAAAGAAGACAUCCCACUGGAAACACCUUUCAGCCUUGUGGACCGAGACUCUGACGCAGAAGUGCGAUCUCACCUCACCCCAUGCACCAGCCCAAACCUGGGCUCUCAGCGGUUUGAACGGUUUUCAACAUGGCAGCCUCUCAUCAGAGCCAUAGCCACACUCCAUACCAAAUCACAGAGGUCAUCGGAUCCAGCACUACAACUGGAAACAAAGAAUGUAAAGGCUGGCAUCAAUGUUCAAAAGCACACACAUCCGACAAUCUGUUGAAGGCAAAACAGGUCAUCAUUCGAUGUGUUCAAAAAGAAACCUAUCGCACUGAGAUGUCCUGUCUGCAGCAAGGGAUAAGCAUUCCUAACGAUAGUCCACUGAGGAAGUUGGAUCCUGUUCUCGAUUGUGACAGACUCUUGAGAAUCGGU